AUGCCCUCCCCUCACGCCGAGUCUCGAACGCAACCCAGCGGAUCUGAAAAGUCCCGAAACCUGUCCGACGACGACCGCCAGGCGGUGCUCAACAUGUUGCUCUCAAAGAGCGAUGAUGACAAGCGAAAGCAUGGCUGCAUGCGCGUCGACCCACAUCGGAUCAUCGCCGACGCUCCCAAAAUCGCGCAUGAAAGGAAACUGUGGUGCGAAAUUGAAGUGGACUUCCUAGCGAUUGAAGCUGUAAUCAAAGCAGUUCCAUUCCACAAACGUCAGACCACUCGUGUAAUGACGUUCCAUGCCAACAUUCCCCGAACGACGAUCCUUCGAUACAUGAAGCGAAACCGUCGCCUUCGGUGCAAGUCAUCGUACCUCCGACCGCUGCUCACCAACGCCAGCAAGGAAGAACGCGUCAAGUUUGCGCUGUCUUGUUCAUAA